GUGGAGGAACUCAAGAACGACAAGAUCUCCAAAAAGACUGAAUGCGAUUCAGUGGAGGACGAGAUCACGGAAGUGAAGAGAGGCCUCUCCAGCAUUCAGAAGGAGCUGUCGGCCGCGCAGAAGUCUCUAAUGCAGAUCGAGUGCCGACUCGAGUCGAAGAAAGCGGACAGACAUGCGAUCCUUUUGCACUGUAAGAUGGAGUGCAUUGAAUUGCCACUCGUUUCCGGUGACCUCAACGACAUCGCCGCCGGCGGCGCCAACAAUAACGACGGCGAGACCAAUGGGAACGCCGACGAAGACGACGACGACGGACCCUCCACUCAGCGCUCAUAUGAAAGCGAUUCUAAUCUCAAACCAGACUUUUCUAUACUGAAGAAUAGUCUCAAAAAUAUGAACGAUUCGGAUGCCAUCAAAAAGAAAGAGAGCGAAAUGCAGACAGAGAUUAAUAGCAAACGGGAAGUGUUGCGUAAAAUACAAGCGCCAAACAUGAGAGCUAUUGACAAACUCGAAGACGUAAAGGAGAGACUGAAGGGAACGGACUCUGAAGUGAAUAAUUUAAGGCUCGACUCAAAGAAAGCCAAAAUGGCGUUCGAAGAGAUUAAACGGAAUCGAUUGCGCGAAUUCACGGUGUGUUUCGAAGCGGUGGCCCAACGCGUCGAUUCCAUCUAUAAGUCGCUGACCAAUAACGCCAGCGCUCAGGCAUUCCUCGUGCCGGAGAACCCGGAAGAGCCGUAUCUCGAGGGCAUUAACUACAAUUGCGUGGCUCCGGGCAAACGCUUUCAACCGAUGAGCAAUCUUAGCGGUGGUGAGAAAACGGUGGCCGCACUGGCGCUGCUGUUCGCCAUACACUCGUACAAACCGGCGCCGUUCUUCGUGUUGGACGAGAUCGACGCCGCGCUCGACAACACCAACAUUGGA